UUUGAAAUUCUAAGCAAACUCUGUGUUCUGUGUAUAAAAACAGUCACAGUUGACUAAAGCAGCGAACUCAAUAAAUAUUAGUAUUUAAGUGGGGAAAUUGCAAGCCUGGGCAGAUAAUGGCAACUUUCGCACUGAUGUGGCGCAUUGGGAUCUCCUUGCUCUAUCCGGGCAUCUAUAUGAACUGCAUUCAGGAUACGCUGGGCGAUGAAUACACCAUGCUGUGGGUCAAAAGGGAUCGAACAUUUGUCGAGUUCGCCUUGCCGAUCAUCGCUCCGAUUGGCAUAUUUCUUGCUUUAUUGUGAUAGGUCUGCCGAUGCCAUUGCCUACGUCGUUGUCGCUUUCGUCGUCGUCGUCGUCGUGUA